CCAUGCAUGCAUGCAAACAAGCUCAGUUUUGGGUCCAUUUCUUGCUGGCAGUUGACAUUUCUAUAACUCUUAUCUCUCUCUCUCUUUCUCUUCUUCAUCUUCUCCAAACAUGGAGCUAGAGAAAAACAAACUUGACUCAAAUAAAGCAAGAGAUCUCAAUGACUCAAGAACUGUAAUAGAGAGAGGAAGAAGAAUCAAGAUAGCGGCGGAGAUAGGACUUGUUGCUUCAUCUAAAGGACGGCAAUGGAGUCGAGCUCUUCACCGUCGUCUUCUUCGAAAGAAAGGAAGAGAUUAUAGCAACAAGAAUGGUUGCAACAACUACCAAAUGAUGAAUAAUGUAGGUAAAGAAGAUCAUGAAGAAGGUGGUGAUGAAGUGGUGGAGAUAGAGAGAAGGGUUAGGGUCUUGCAAAGUUUGGUCCCUGGAGGAGAAGCUAUGGAAAUGGAAUCCUUGUUUGAAGAGACAGCUGACUACAUUGAAGCUUUGGAAGGGCAGGUCAGUGCCAUGAGAGCUCUUGCCACCUUUCUUGAUGGUUUGGAGAAGAAGUGGAUCAUGUGAG